CUUUGGUUUGCUGUGUGGCUUAUGCCUCAAAAUGCCUCGAGAUGUACUCAUUGCCUCGCGAAGGAAAAAUACCUCAAUAUUUGAUAACACAUGGCUCAUCCCUAAAUUUUUUAUGGAAUCUAACUAUAAUGAAGAAUAUGGAGUGCUCGAGCCUGAAGUCGAAGGCAAGGCAGUUCAGGAAAGUGAGAACGAGCCAGAGGCUCUUGAUCGUAUUCAUGCAGAGAGCAGGGAGAAAAUUCAGUGUUCGCAAGAAAUUUGUAUUCACGAUCAAAGUGGAGGAAGUAAAUCACUCGGCAGCACAAAAGAUGAUAAGCAGCAAUGUCUAGCUGCCCUAUUUCAUGAUAUUUCUGGGGACUCUGAUAAUGGAGAGCAUGACAGCAUAAAAGAUGACAAGCAACGUGGCAUUUGUGAUAUUUUUGGGGACUCUGAUAAUGAAGAAAAUGGCGGCACAAAAGAUGAUAAGCAACAUUCAGCUGCUGUAAAUCGUGAUAUUUUCAGGGACUCAGAUAACCAAGAACAUGACAGCACAAAAUAUGAUAAGCAUCAUUUAGCCGUUGGAACUCAUGAUAUUUUUGGUGACUGUGAUAAUGGAGAACAAGCAGACCAUAUAACUCAGAAUCAGAAUGAUGACAAUGUGAAUAGAUAUCGCUUGGACGAGGGAAAUUAUGUGAAAGAGCGGAGGCCUGAAGUUAGGGUACCUGAUGAAGAUGUGCUGUACGAAUAUGCAGAUACUGAACAAAAGGAAAAGGCCACUGCCUCUUCGCUGGCGUUAGAGAUUCCUCAGUGUUGUCCCUUGGCUGAUCCAGAUAAGAUGUACGUGCUCAAACUCUCCAACUUAGUGGCCAUUGAUCCCAAGCCAUUUGAUCCAAGCACAUAUGUUGAACAGGACUUUUUUGGGACAGACAAUUCUGGACAUAAAAGGCAUAUCCCUCCCCAAAAUAUCAUUCGCUGGAGGACCGUCAAAAAACCUGAUGGCAGAACAUCUGUUGAAAGCAAUGCACGAUUGGUGACAUGGGAAGAUGGAAGCUUACAAUUGUUAAUUGGAGAACAAGCGUUUAUGGUUUCUGAGCUAGACACAAGGGAAAAUCAGGCGCACCUUUUCCAGAGACAUAAAAAUGGAAUUCUCCAAUCACAAGGGAGAAUCUCAAAAAAACUGCAGUUUCUGCCAGCAUCUGAUUCUCAAUUCUCAGCUAUUCUUGAUGCAACAAGAAAUAAAAAUGUCAAAGUCAAAAGUUGCACUGCUGAUGUCAUCUCUCAAUGGGAGUUGGAAAACAAAAAGAAGAUGGAGAAGCAGACAUAUCGACCUAAUAAACGACUUGGUCAGAUGGGCAAAGGGAUUCACAAAUGUGGACAAAUUGUCAGCCAGGAACAUCGAGUGCCACCAGGUUUGCUGAAGGAUCUAAUGGAUUAUGAACAAGAUUUUCGUGAACAACAGUCUGCUGCACAGCACUUAAAUGAGAACAGAGAAAAUGAAGCGGGAGCGUCGGUCAUAACAUUUAAUGGAAAAAAGGGACCAAAAAGUCCUCUGAAAUUACCAUUUCCAGAUGCCAAAUCAUCUCAAGGUCCAGAAGACUUGCUUGGAAGUCGGAAAAUGGUGGAUAAGAUAAGAGGAAAAACUAUGGUUGUUCGUCAUCACAUGGAAGGUUUAAGGAGACAAAGCAGAAAUGAGGAAGAGACUUAUGAAGAUUCAGAAGUGGAGGCUGAGUUAAGCAACAUUUUUUCUAAAUAGAUAUUCGUUUCCAACUUAUAAUGCAUGUAAAAUGAUAAAGAAAUGUUCUAGAGUUUUCUUCUCUACAUUUCCUUUCGUUCUCUUACAAACUAUUGAUUAUCUUGUUGUCACUGAGUUUUUUCUGAACAAAGCCCUAAAACAUGCACUGUUCUAGUGUUUAUUAUGCUUCUUUAUUUCUAUGUGAAGAUUAUUGCUGAAGCA